AAGUCGUGCAUUCAGUGCCAUGCUUAGUGCUUAAACUGCAUGCCAAAGGGUUCAUAAGAAUCAUAACGCUCAUGCCUUUAAGAUUUAUGUUAUUAUUAUUAUUAUUAUUAUUAUUCCAUUAGGCCCCUUGUGUUCCCAAGCGUGCUUUGCUUAAUUCCUUGCUCCAAUUAAAGCAUUCCUGCUCUCCGCUUUCCUUAAACGUCUUUCAAAAUCUGGUCUCAAAUAUAUUGUGAUGGGCAAUGCAAUUUGUCAGUUUGCUUUGCUUGAAUGAACAAGGCCUUUCUCUCUGCCCUUCUCAUUUCACGAUCAGACAUGGUUGAGGCCUCAUGGAUACAGCUUUCUAUCUCCCAAAACAAGAAAGGGACCCAAUCCAACAGAACAAACAAACACAGCUCAAGCUCUGGUGCCGUCCAUUGUUGAAGCUCAGAAGGUGUAAUACCCAAAGCCCAUUUUCAUUUUUAGCUUUCUGGGUGUCGAAAUCAGCGAGCAGGCUGUGUUGUAGAGCCAAAGUUUCAAAUGGGUUUUGUUUCAGAAGGGUCCAAUUCGAUGGCAUGGUGGUGAACAACUCUCUCUACUGUGCUUCUCCUUGGUCUCUUGACGCUGUGAUGGAGGCUUUAAUUGAGGAAAGUGGAGUUCUGGAGGAGACAAAUGAUUUGAUUGGAGAGGAGUGUGGAGAUAGCAAUUCAAGCUCCGAUUUAUUGGUAUCAGAAACAACAGUGAAUGGAGAAGAAGAACACAGUCACAGCAGCUCUGACGAUUCAUCUUCGCUCUCUUCAAUGGGUUGGCCCGUCCCAAAAUCUGAUAAACCACAUUUGGAUGAUAGAAAACUAGAGAAACAAGGCCCAUCGCCAUCUGAGAUUAAGCUGAUGAAGGAAAGGUUUUCCAAAUUGCUGCUUGGAGAAGAUAUGUCCGGUUGUGGAAACGGGGUUUGCACAGCAAUGGCUAUUUCAAAUGCAGUUACUAAUCUAUAUGCUUCAUUGUUUGGACAACUAUGGAGACUAGAACCUCUACCUCCUCAGAAGAAAUCAAUGUGGCAACGAGAAAUGGGAUGGUUUCUUUCCAUUGCUGAUUACAUUGUCGAGUUAAAACCGUCUUGGCAGACAUUUCCUGAUGGAAGUAAGUUUGAGGUCAUGACUUCUCAACCCAGAUCAGAUCUUUACACUAAUCUUCCAGCCCUCCGCAAAUUAGAUAACAUGCUUCUCGAAAUAUUAGACAGUUUUGCGAAUACAGAGUUUUGGUAUGUUGAUCAAGGUAUCCUAACCCCAGAAGCUGACAGUUCAUCCUCCUUCCGGAGGCCCCUUCCAUGCCAAGGCGAAAAAUGGUGGCUGCCAUUGCCCCGAGUUCCUCCUGAAGGCCUUAGCGAAAAGUCAAGAAAACAGUUGCAGCAUUGCCGCAAUUGCAUGAAUCAAAUAAUAAAAGCUGUCAUGGCCACAAACGGUGUUGUUUUAGCUGAGAUGGAAGUCCCUGAAUCAUACUUGGAAACUCUUCCAAAGAAUGGAAGAUCCUGCCUCGGUGAUUUUAUCUACCGAUAUAUUACCUCAGAACAAUUUUCACCCAAAUGCCUGCUUGACUGCCUCGAUUUGUCUUCUGAACAUCAAGCACUAGAAAUUGCCAACAGAGUAGAGGCCUCAAUCUACCUGUGGCGUAGAAGAACUAAUUCGAAACCCCCAAAUAGCAUGAGCCGAUCCAAUUCAAAAUCAUCGUGGGAGAUGGUUAAAGAGCUGGUAACAGAUGUGGAGAAGAGAGAAUUGCUUGCAGAAAGAGCCGAGAGCCUCUUGCUUUGCUUGAAGCAGCGGUAUCAUGGUCUCCCUCAGACAACCUUAGACACAAGCAAAAUCCAGUGCAACGAGGAUGUUGGCAAAUCCAUUCUGGAGAGCUACUCAAGAGUUUUGGAGGGCCUCGCAUCUAAUAUCAUGGCGCGGAUAGAUGAUCUGCUUUGUGUGGAUGACUUGACAAAGCGUUCAGAUCAAUUCACGCCAAUCUCUAAGCUAGGAGGGAUUGCUCCCAAGAGUUUUGGAAAUGCAUACUCCCUGCCCAUCUUGAGCACUCAAUACAAGACGGCUUUUCACACAACUUGCUAAUGCUAGCCCUGAAAAGGGAGGAUGAUAGCUGAACGUCAGCAGCAGCAAGCUUGCCCCUCGUGGGUUAGGCGCGAAAAAGCAGCAUCUUCUAGUUGAUUCAAGAGACAGGCAACAACUGCAGCAGCUAUAUAUAAGCCUGUGAAGUUGAAAGUGUUAGCGUAUGUUAACGUAAUUAGUAUUUUAUAAUAAGGGUAUUUUAGUCUUUUAGUCUUUUGGUUAGGGUUGUAUACAUAGGGAAAUUCUAUUUGCAACCAUACUUUUUACUCUUCGUAACCUAAUUUUAAUAUUCCUAAAAUACCCAGAGAUGAAAACUCAUAUUUGCCCUUCAUUUAAAUCUUUGACGCUCAGC